UGGUUUACAACAAUCAGUGUCUCCAUGGUAACAAGGCAGCUAGCCGGCCGACCAUCGAGUCCGGAAGCGGAGAGCGCGGUGGGUAGAGCGGCAGGAGCUGCUGAAGUUCUGGGGUGCUGGAGGACACACGUGGGUUACUGUGCUGCUUGUGCGUCUGCUAGUGAUCCGCGGUAACAUGGGGAAGAAGAAGCCUUCGGCAGCGGCCGCCGUGCGGCUCAGCAAAGCCCGUAGCGAGGUUCGUGGCAACCCGUUCGAGGUGAAGGUGAACAAGCAGAAGUUCACAGUGCUGGGCAGGAAGGUGAAGCACAACGUGGGGCUGCCGGGGGUGUCCCGCUCCAAGUCGCUGAAGAAGCGCAAGGAUACUCUUCUUAAAGAGUACCAGCAAAGGGGAAAGACCAGUGUAUUCCACGAUAAGAGAUUUGGAGAAUAUGACACGAAAUUAACUCCAGAAGAGAAGAUGAUGAAGAGAUUUGCUCUAGAACGACAGAGAAAUGUUGGUAAGAAAGCCGUAUACAACUUGAAUGAAGAGGAGGAAUUGACUCAUUACGGACAGUCCCUGGCUGCACUGGAGAGGCUGAAUGAUGCCGUGGACAGUGAUAGUGAUACGGAGGAACGUGGUGCUUUGUCAGCCGAGUUAACGUCUGCACAUUUCGGGGGUGGCGGGCUCCUCAGGAAGAAGGCUCCAUCUGACCAAAAAGACGAGGAAUCCGAGAAGCCAAAAACACGAAAAGAGCUGAUAGAUGAGCUGAUUGCAAAAUCCAAGCUGGAGAAGAGGGAACGGCAGAGUCAAAGAGAAAAGACGCUGGAGUUAACGGAAAAGCUUGACAGCGACUGGAAGGCAAUACAGGAGCUACUUUCUCACAAGAGGCCUAAAUCUGAGAGGAAGGUGGAGGCUGAGUUACCAAAGCCCAAUGAUUACGACAAGAUAGUCCGUGAGCUUGGCUUUGAGAUGAAGGCUCAGCCUUCGGACCGUAUGAAAUCUGAAGAGGAGAUUGCGAAGGAAGAACAGGAGCGACUGCAGAAACAAGAGGCUGAGCGGCUCCGGCGCAUGCGAGGGGAGAACAAGACGAAGAAGAAGCCCAAACACAUCUCUGCCGAUGAUUUAAUGGAUGGAUUCGUACUGGAUAAUGACGAUCGCCUGAUGCUGUCCUAUAAGGACGGUAAGAUGAACCUUCCAGAGUCAGAAGACAAAGGGGAAGAGAAAGUUGGCGGUGAGGAUGAAGAUGGCGAUGAGGGUACUGAUGCAGUGGAUGGUGACAGUGAUGCCUCAGAAGAGGAAGAUGGCGAUAGUGAGGAGGAAGGCUCAGAAGAAAGUAACGCAUCGGACAAUUACUCUGACCUGGAGUCUAAUGCAGGUAGCGAGGAAGAGGAUGAAGAGGUGCAAGUAAAAACUAAAAAGAAGAAAAACCAGGGCAAACAAAAGGAAGCCAAGGAAUCUACUUCCCAGCUUCCAUUCACAUUUGAUGCCCCGGAGUCGUAUGAGAGUUUUCAGUCUCUGCUGAGUGGGAAGUCUGCUGAGGAGCAGCUCGUCAUCCUGGAGAGGAUUCAGAAGUGUAACCACCCGAGUCUGGCUGAGGGGAACAAGACCAAACUACAGAAACUCUUUGGUUUUCUUCUGGAUUAUAUCAUGGACUUGGCUGGCCAGGAAACACCUGAUCUGUGCACUGUUGACAAGAUGAUCAUCCCCCUGUACAACUUGUGUCAAAUGUUUCCGGAAGCUGCAGCUAAAUGUGUGCGGGAUGCUUUGCAGGACAUUGCUCGUACCUUGGAUGAGAUGGUUGAAUCCAAAGGCCGUACCGCCUAUCCAGCAUUACAUGUGCUCCUGUACUUCAAGAUUACAGCCAUUUUAUUCCCCACCUCUGAUUUCUGGCACCCAGUCGUCACCCCAGCCGUAACUGUGAUGAGCCAGUUACUGACGAAGUGUCCUGUGUCGUCGCUAGAAGAUGUUGCUGCUGGCCUGUUUAUCUGCUGCAUGUUCCUGGAGUACGUGUCUCUGUCUCGGAGGUUUAUACCAGAGUUGAUAAACUUCCUCCUGGGAAUCCUUAACUUGGCAACCCCACGCCAAGCCUCCGUGGGUUACGUUAUUGUUCCUCCAUUUAAACUCCAUGGGAAAUCUUCCGAACUACUGUUGCUGGAGAGUACAGCUGGUGUAGAGUCCUGGGUGAAGACCAGCCUGCCACUGACGGCAAUAAGUGGCCUGAGCACCAAGAGCAAAACGGAGAUCAGUCAUUUUAAGCUGACGUGUGUGGCGGUGAGUUUGGACCUGGUAAGGAGAUGUGUGGACAUGUAUAAAUCUAUGCCAGCUUUCCAAGAGACAUUUAAUCCUAUCGCAAAGCUUAUCCGUGAGCAUCUACCGCGAGUCGCCUAUCCUCAGGGAAUCCAGGAUUUGUGUGACAAUAUACUGGACGAAAUUGAGAAAUACAGCAAGAAACCCUACACACCUCUUAUGUUUGAGAAACAGAUGCCAGUCGCAAUGAAAAUGUUCACCCCCAAAGUUAUGCCCGUGCUGGAGUUCGGCAAGAAGCAGGGAUGUAACAGAGUGGAGCGAGAGAGGAAGAAACUGAUUCACAAACACAAGCGGGAGUUUAAGGGGGCCGUUCGGGAAAUACGCAAAGACAACCAGUUCCUGGCUAGAGUGAAACUCUCCGAAAACAUGGAGAGGGACGUGGAGAGGAAGAGGAAAGUGAAGGACCUGUUCAAUAGUCUGUCAGCGCAGGAGGGUGAAUGGAAGGCCAUGAAGAGGAGCAAAAUUAAGUGGAAGUAGCGAGGACUGUACAUGGCCAGGGUUAUGGAGAAGACCUUCUCUAUGAUGCCAGCCUGUGACAGACUGGUUUAUCUGCUGUCUGCCCCGGUCUGUGGGCAGUUUAUGAUUUUCUUUCCAUUUUAUGGGAACAAUUAUUGUAAUGGUUUUUCAAACUCUUUUUAAUAUUUUUAGUGGGGUCAUUAGAUACCUGGAAAUGUGUUGUAUAAUGGGACAGUGCAGCCUGGGAAACGGCGUUUAUACCCAUUGUAUACACCAGGGGCUCUUCCUGCGGAGAAGGGGCUUCAUAUAACAGCUGGUUUGUAAUGUGGUGCGUAACACGCAGAAAAUACGAGGUUUCCACUUUUUGCGGAACUUAUUAAAAUGACUGACUUUUCUUGUGAAGAA